GCUCAUAAUACAUGUCAUGUAGGUGUAGGGAAAGAAUGGGGCAGUAUUGAUUGAUUUCCCCACAUUUCCAGGGGUUUAACUCCAAGGAUGGCGACAUCAGAGAGUUUAGCGAUCAUCAUCGCCUCAGACGAUGAGAGCGACAGUGAUGUGGAAAUACUUAGGGAAGAGAAGAACGAAGAUCUGGAUGUGAUUAUUGUCGCAGAAACAACGGUGAAGCCAGUACCAAGAUUAGGGAUGGGAACCAGUGGUAUGGAACAGGUCAAGUCUGGUCAGUCCUGCGAGGGCAUGAGGCCGGAGGUUCGAGUUGACCUGUCACUGGACGAAUGCACGAAUGAUGACAGCCUCCCUACAGUCACCACACCUCUAGAUCUGUCCUCCAAAAAAUGCUCCGGAGACGACUCUGACCUAGAUCUGGAUACCGGCAGUUCUUUCUUAACAGAGCAGACUGCUAGUACUUUAUCAGACUUCCUUAAAGAGUCAUUUCCCCCUAAUGUCAAAAUACUACCCAAGUCUGACAAUGUAUGUGUACAACCCAACUGUGAUAAUUCUGACCCUAAAACCAUGGACGAUCACAUAGACACUUAUCCCAAGAAAGUAGACCUGUAUGACAGUUCCCUUCUGCCUGGUUCAGGUCUCCCCUCUACAGAUCUGCCUGUUACGGGUCACCUCCCUGCUGUCAUUCCUCCCAACACCAGUGUCGGUGAUAUCCCGGUGUCUUUCUCUGAAAACAUUAGAAAACAUUCUGGCAAACGUGCAUCUUCAUCAAGUGAUGAAGUUUGUGCACUUAAGAAAGUGAAAAAGGAGGAAGACCUGUUUAAUAGUGAGGCAUGGAAGUCACUAGAUUUGGACUUUUUGUCCGAGUCGAGCACUACUACCUACCAACACACCAACAGUUGCGAUACCAAAAGUCCACCAGUUUCCAGUGCAACUCCAGGCAGUGCCCUGCAUGGACGGUCAUACAGUGUCUCCUCAGAAACAUUCACCAAACAUCUGCCUCCCAAAAAACAGAGCUGUUUCCGUCAGGCCAGUGACCCAGGGUUCAGUCCCGUGGCCCGUCCCCCAUCACCCCAGCCUUCAUGCAGCAGUUGGGGGUCUGAGAAGUGUACCAGCUGUAAUAUAUCCCUCCUGGGGUUCAGAAUCUCUCGAUGUAUACAGGGGCACCCGACCUGUGCCUUCUGUCUAGAGGAACAGGUCAAACUUGUCCUGACCGGCAAAACCAAGAAGUCACUUUUGUGUGUACUUGGAGGUUGUGACAGUUACUAUCCUAUGAGCGAGUUGAAGCAGUCUCUCCCCAGUAUGGUUGUUGAGAUCUUGGAGACCAAACUAGAUGAUGACUACAUCGAAUACAUAGCCAAUAUGAUAGCCAAGAAAACCUCAGAUGAUGUGGAGGACGAAGGACCAGAGGGCAGUACCAGCGAAUGGGAGGAAAAGCCAGAGGUUAAAGAGGGAGAGGAGGAAAGACCAAGAAACCCAGAGGACUGGCCACCACACUGGGAGUACAUGGAACCAAGACAGGGGCAUGUAAUGGUGGAUCUGGUGCCAGAUUCUCCAGAAUACAUAGAAGUUUGUUCCAAGUUCUACGAGACAUUACAGUUCCCUCAGGCAGAUAUCGUCAAGAUUAGUCGAAUUCAGAAUCCGAUUCUGUGGAAAUACUUCACAGUGAAGAGAACAGAGAUGAUUCACGAGAAUGACGGAUUGGCGGUGGCAGAGAAGCACCUGUUUCAUGGGACUGAUGCUACCGUCCUUAGUGCAAUCUGUAAGAAGGGAUUUGAUUGGCGGAUGUGUGGCAAAAAUGGGACAGUGUAUGGCUAUGGUUCUUAUUUUGCCACACACUCCUCCUACUCUCACCAGUACACAGAGAAAGGUGAUCGUCGCCGGCCAAACUAUAGGAGAGCCUUACAUCAGAUGGGCAUGAUCCCAUUUCAUCCCUUCACGAGCCCAGUUCGCACAGGUCCUUUCUCCUUCGGUCCAUCUCAGGUUGUGGUUUCAUCAUCCUUGUUCUCCCCUCGUCGUUUGUACACCUCAACAACGCUGUCCAAUCCCGCUCCAUCGUCCACCAAUGGGAGUGAUGAUAGUAACACCACUGCGAGUUUCUUCCCUGGAUUAACGUCAUCUAAGACAUACGUCCUGCAGUAUAACUCGGGGUCAGGGUCUGGGGACUCAGCCUCCAGCAGUUCUUCAGGUCCGGGGCAAAAUGGAGUCCAAACUCAGAGAAAUCAUUGGAACUUUGGCAGACAUAGAUUACUUGGUACAUCAUCUGGGACAAGUCAAGAUGCCAUGUCUAAUCCAAAUCCUUCUAACAGUAACACUCAGACCACAAUACAGUUUAAUAGUUCUACUGUAUUUCAGCCUGCCCCUCUGGGUAGCACUCCUCUAACUGAUCAGAAUCCAUCAUUUGGUGCUCAGAAUGUUAUGACCAAUCAGAAUUCAUCACUUAGUGCCACUCAGAAUGCAGGCAAUCAGAUGUGUUCUAACAUCUCUAUACAGGACCAGACAAUAUCACCUUCUGCUGGGGCUUCCUCCUCUGUCCAGAAUCUACCAAUCACAAUGAUGCAGGGUUCUCUAGUGAAUCAAGUUUCCUCCCAGCCUUCAAAUCCAGGCCCUUCUCAAUCUCUGAAUCUGGGACCCUCACAGUCCCUUAAUCUGGGACCUUCCCAGUCGCUGAAUCCUGGAUCCUCCCAGUCACUGAAUCCUGGACCCCCCCAGUCACUGAAUCCUGGACCCUCCCAGUCACUGAAUCCUGGACCCUCCCAACAGGAUUCUACAACAGUUCUAGGGAUCCUGGAUCAGAUUACAUUUCGUAGUGGGGGUCAGUCUAAAAGACUUCAGGCACUGCAUAACAAACUUCGGUCUUAUAAUGUUCACCAGCAAGCUGCAGAAGUGGAGGAGAAGACUCUACAUAAAAUGUUCAUGGCGAAGGUGUUAGUCGGAAGGUUUACGGGAGGAAGCAGCACGUACAGGAAGCCUCCGCCAUUAGACCCAGUCAAUGAUCCAUACGGAAAAUGUUACGAUUCCUGUGUAGACAAUAUUCAUAAUCCGAAAGUAUUCGUCAUCUUCGACAGCAGUCAAGCCUAUCCUGACUACCUCAUAGAAUACAAUUACUCCUCUUAAAUAGGACUUAAAAAUGUCUUAUAAGUAAGUUAUAAGUGACUUAAAAAUGGAACUAAGAGGUAUGUUUACGUGUUAAAUUGACCAGUACUAUGAUUGAUGACAAAUCAGAAACUGAUAGAAGUGUUUUAUAGCUGGCAUCCUGAUUAAUGAAACAAUGCAAUGAGGAAAACAAAAAAAAAUCUGUUUUGAUUGUUAGCCUCUAUUUAGUGCUUAGUGCGUUUAUAUGCAAAUCAUAGUGUUAACAAUUUUAUCUUACUGCAAAAGUGUGAGUGAUUUAUUUGUACAAAAAAUAUUGUUACUUAGCAUGCAUUUCUUUAAAAGUGAGUUGAGUGUUGUUGUGCUCAAGACUGUGGUUGUUACAGUUAUUUCCCCCUGAAUUUUGUAAAUUCAGCCUGAAGUUUUUAUUUUUGUGUGUGUAUGUGUUUAUGCUUUCCUAAGUUCAUAUGUUGUAUGUUAAUAUAUUGUACCAAAAAAUAUCUUAAGUAGAUCAGGAAAAAUUAGUGUUGUAUGUUGUUAUAAAUAAUGUUAUUUUGAAUGAGACUAUAACCUUUUGUUUUUGGAGAGUGUGUUUUAGUGCCAAUAUUGUAUCAAUAUCUGGAGUUCUGUUUUUGUUGACAAUCUUUGUCAUAUUCUGCAUACGUUUUUUCUUAUUAAUCUACCUGACAAACUUAGCUAUUUGUACAUUGUUGACCUAAUAUAUGCGUAUAAUAUAAGUAAUACGUGCUUAACUUUAGAUUAAAAGAUGUGAAACAAAUAUUUAAAAAUGAAUGAAAAACUCCCAGAAAAAAGGCAACCUCAGAGUUUGUGAAGUGUGUGUGUCUAAAUAUGAAGGGGCACCUGUUGAUUAGGAGCUGAGUGAAUGAGAGUUCAAUUGUUUUAGUGUAUGUUGAGUUAACAUUGUUGAAAAAUGAUAAGGUCCCAAUAUAUUUGUUUUUGGGAAAAUUUGUUUUUGGGAAAAAAAUGUGCUAUUAAAAAAAGAAAAAAAAUUGGUAAUAUCUUUUAAACCAGUCUUCAAACAAAAUAUAUAUUUAGAUGGAUUUGAAAUAUUAAGUAUAUGUGUGUAUUUUAGCAAUGAGUUUGUAGUUGUGACAGUCAAGUCUCCGAUACUUAGCCUACUGACAUUCAAUAUCAAGGUUACACUGUAGACACCUAUUUUUAUAAUACAUAAUAUAUAUACAUAUUGUGUCCUGCUUUUUCAUUAUCUACAGAUAACAAUCUCAUACAGUUAUCCAAUGAUCAGUGUGCUAUGGUAGAGUGUUUCUGAUUUUCCUGUUCAAAUAUAAAUUGGAAUUCUCCCCCCUUAGUUGUUAUUUUCAGAAAAAUGGAAUAUUUUUUUGAGUUGGGGCAUUUUUUGAGGUAUUUUUGAAGGGAAUACACAGAAUAAAAUUUUGAGUUUGGCUUUACAUAAUACUGAGAGUUUUUGAUGAGGCUCGUAUUAUAUUUUUUUUUUAUGAGCAUACAUGGGGUUGAAUAUUAUAUAAUGAUUGUGGAAAAAAAAUCUACAUUCCAAAUCAUUUGUGUGAUUUGCCUUUUUUUUUUUUUAUAAAUGGAAUAAUUCAGUGAUGCUUACAGAUUUUGCUUGCAUUAGUCAUAGCUUGUAGUGUUAGUUUAACUUUAUUGAGAAGUUUGUUUGUAUUGUUUUCAGUGUGUGCAAGACCUAUGUGAAAAAUUAAACAUUUCAUUUAUGAUGAAAUCAAUGUGAUGUGAUAAAAGGACUGUGAGUGUACAUAACAGUGGUUGACAUGACUUAGUGACCUAAUAAAUGAUUAAUUAAAAGUGUUUGAUUUUUAAUCAUUGUGUUAGGAUGUAGGCUAAGGGUUGAGUACAUAUUUCUUUAAUUCCAUGUGAAAGGAACCUUCACAAAAUAAAUAUUAGUAGCAUUUUAUGUUAAUCUACUUUAAUUUCAGGUUGAUUUGAUUACACGCAUUAUAACACUGUCUAAUUCUCUCUGUAUAAUUAGGCCUCCAACAUAUUUUUGUCAUUAUGAUUUUAUGUGUGCAUGUAAAGAUUUUCUUCCUGAAAGUUGUUGCAAAGAUUUUGUGACAUUUUUCAUGUAUUUCCAUUUAAUAGUUGAGUAAUGUAAGUUAGAAAAAUUUUGUUUUUGUUUAACUCCAUUAAACAACAAUUUUUUUCAGUAAAAUAUUCCAAGAAAAAGAGAUUUUUCAUCACAUGGGAGUCAGAAAUUGUGUCAUUUUUGAGAUGCGACAAAUUUUGUUAAAUAUUUCAACAAAGUAUGCGUAAAAAAACAAGUUCAGAGUUUGAUAAAAAUAGUUUUGUUCAACUUAACAAGGUGCUUAUUACUAAUGCUGCAAUAAAUUAAUAUUUAUACCUUUGAUGGGUGUUUAAGAUGGUGGUGUAUUUGACAGGUGUGUUGUGUACCUGUAGAAUUAAGAGAAUUAUGGUGUAUUUAUACACUUAAGGUUGUUUUGAUGUAUUUGUGUUUACUAACGCCGAUUUCUGCUUCUCACAUGUUGGAGCAUUCUGGACAAGAAGAAUGGGUCUUUAAUUGGAAAGAGUGAUCAACAAUUAAACAUUAAACAGUGAAUAUCUCUGAUAUUUCUGUUUUAUUUUGGAGAAUGUGCUUGUAUAUGUAUUUAGCAUUUUGUCAUUUGUUAGUUUAUCAUGAAGUAAAACAUAGCAGAUAUUUGUUUGAAGUAUAUUCAAUGAAAUAAAAAAAAAAACAUUG